AUAAUAUUGCCCGAAUAUUUCCGAAUUUAUUUCUGUUUAAACUAUCCACACGUGCGGGUGUUAAAGGCAAAACAAACCACUACCUUUGACACCUUCCUUCUAUAGAAAUAUUCUAUUAUAGAAUUCUGUUUUCACUAAUGGAGCAGUUAAUUGCGUGCGUGGGUGUACUUUCGUUUUGUUUUUUGUCAGCAAAAGAAAAGGAUUACCAUCAAUAUUUUAGAUAUCGUUCAAUUUUUACGAGUCACAAUCCCGGCUCGAUGAUCGCCAAGCUUUGUUGGCAAAAGCGAGCCGAAGCAAGAGUCGAUCAUAUUAUUUGGCAGUCAUCGAUGAGAACACGCGCUAUUUCAGAUACUGCAUCCGCAUUGUCCGGUGGCCUCUAUUUGCCUGGUCUGUGGCCACAAGGAGAGCCGGCCUACACAGUAUUUCGGCACAGGGCCGUUUUGCUGUGUGACCAUUCAUUCGGGGCGCAAAACUACGUAAUUCGCUUGUGACAUUGCGCAUACCAACCAAUUGCUGCUAAAAUUGUGCGGCAUACAAAACAAAUGACGGAUUGCGGUGCCAACUGUAAAAUGCAAGCUUUAUGCUGCGGAAAUCGGAGCACCGCUUAUAUUUUUUCUUUUGAUUGCAAUCGCCCUGCCAUCGUUAAUUGUGCCUUAAUCACAAAGGUGAAAGCAGUGAUAACGAUAAGAUCAAUAUCUCCGUGGAAAGUUUUCCUUUGAGAAAAGGCGAAAAUAAAAAUUAUAUUACCAAUUUAGUCUUAUUUCCACUUCCA